GGAGAUUUUGCGCCUCUAGCGGGAAGAUAGUUUCUUGCAUCACCGACUGAUCUCAAAUUGAUGACGUGGUGCGGUUCGUCGACCGGACGAUAAGGAUGGCCGACCAGAGCAGGCAAAUCAAACUCGCCGCAGCCAAGAAAAAGCUGAAGGAGUUUCAGCAGAAGAGUUCUCCUGCCAGUGGAGGAGAAGGAGGACCAGGGCCCAAGAAGACAAGGAAGGUAAAGGGAGGGAGCCAGCCAGACACGCCCUCAGCUGACCGACACUCUCCAGACAAUAUUCAGAGUAUUCUGAAAGGUCUUAGUCAGACCAAUGGAUUAACUCUGCCUGCCUAUGGCAAAAGCCAGACCCACGUCCAUGGGGAGGUGAGGGGGUCCCCAGUUACCCAGCUACUGGAGGACCCAAACGGAGAGACCGGCCGCGGCUCUCCUGUGUCUAACCCUGCUAGCUCUGCUACUAACCCUGAGUGUGCAAGCCAAUCCCACAACACUGACCUGCAGCAGAACUGCCCCCAUGACGGUAAUGAAAACCAUGCGGAUGAGAAUAGACCCCUGUCGUCCACAGAGAGCCUGCGGCAGCUCUCACAGCAGCUCAACGGUCUUCUCUCUGGGUCAUCCACCACCUAUAUAAAUGGAGACAGUGCUCCCUCGCCAGCCAAUGAAAAAGACCUGGAGAGUCGAAACCAGGAGCUGGCAGCCGCACUGGACUCCAGCAACCUAACAAACAAUCAGCUCAAUACCAAGCUAGACCGGCUGACCGAGCAAUCUCAGGAGCUCACAGAUCAGCUGCAAAAGGAGCGAAGAGAGUUUGAACAGAAGUGUGUGAAGGAGCAAGGAGCAAUGCGGGAACAGCUACAGGUCCACAUUCAGACCAUCGGCAUCCUGGUGUCAGAGAAAUCAGAGCUGCAGACCGCUCUGUCGUACACACAGCAGGCUGCCCGCCAGAAAACAGGGGAGGCUGAGGAGCUGAGUAACCGUCUCCAGGCCACCAAACAGAGAGUCUCUGAGCUGGAAAGAACCCUGUCCUCUGUCUCCACACAACAGAAACAGUUUGACAAGCAUAACAAAGAGCUAGAGAAAGAGAGAGACAACCUGAGGCUAGAGGUGUACAGACUAAAUAGUGUGAGUGAGGAGYGGAGGCAGCAGAGUUCAGAGCUGUCAGAGCAGCUCAAGCUGAGGGUGAGRGAGAACAGCGCUAUGAGACUGGACCUGGACGAGCUGCGCAAGAGACUGGAGAUGACUGACGACAUGCUGCAACAGUUUUCUAGUCAGUCAGGGCCUCCCAGUGCCAACCAGCAGAUGCACUUACUACUGGAGGAGAAACUACAGAUUGAGGCACACACUGCUCAGUUAAUGGAGUCGGUGGCCCAGCUGCAGACAGAGAGAGACCGCUACGCUGAGCAGAUCCAGGAGGAGGGACAAGUUUGGAAGGACAAGACGGAGCAGCUGCUCUCUCAGGUGACACUAGUAGCAGAGGAGAGAGACAGGAGCAUCAGUCAGAUCCAGGAGCUUGAAGCCCACAUCACAGACCUGAAGCACYCUGCAGCCCUUUUGUCCCAGGAGAGAGGGGCCCAGGCGAAGCCCCAGCCCUCAGGGCCCUCGGAGAGUGAAUUGGCCCUCCAGGAGGCCCUCGGCAGCCUGCAGCAGGAGAGAGACUCGCUCAACUCACAGUUCCAAGCCCAGCUGCGUGACAACGAGCAGCUGAGUCGCAUGUGCUCGGAGCAGGAGUCCCGUCUCUCGGAGCUGGAGCGCCAUGCGGAGCUCGGGGCUGAGGAUGCAGAGGACCGCAGGCGCAUGCUGGAUGACGUGCAGAGUGACAAGGCCACCAUCAGCCGCGCCCUGGCCCAGAACCGCACCCUUAAAGACCAACUGGCUGAGCUGCAGAACGGCUUCGUCAAACUGACCAAUGAGAACAUGGAGCUGACCACUGCUCUGCAGUCAGAGCAUCACGUCAAGAAGGAGCUGGGACGCAGGAUGGGACAACUACAGGAGGACCUGCACAAUGUCAAGGAGCAGUUGGAUUUGAAGUCGCAGGAGUACCAGGCACUGCUGGAGCAGCGGGACCAGGUAGUGGCCAACCUACAGCAGUACUCUGCAGGCUAUACAGCCCUGGCUUCAGAGCGAGAGCAGCUCCACAGACAGUACCUGCAGCAGAGCCAGCUGAUGGACCGGCUGCAGCAUGACGAGACCCAGGGAAGGGUUCAGUUGGAGAUGAGCCACAAACAGCUGGAGCAAUACCAGGAGAGGCUGGAGCAGUUGUCCAGAGAUAACGAGCAGUUGAAGGCUGAAGUCACAGAGCUGCUCAACAGCUCAGCCCUGGCCACACUCCCCAGAAACCAGGGAGACGGAGUGGAGAGCCAAUCCCUGCCAGAGAGCCCACAGAAGUCCUCGAUCGCUAUCCCAGAAGACUUUGAGAGCCGCGAGGAGAUGGAGGAGUUUGUGCGCGGUGCGGUGGCGCGUGUGGAGGCAGAGCGAGACGAGGUGAGGAGCAGACUGGAGGAGGAGAGGAGACUGCACUUCGCUGCCAGACACCAGUCUGCAGCACUCAGCAUAGAGCGCCACAGUCAUGACCACGACCACGGUCAGUGCCACGGUCACAGCCAUGAUGACCACAGUCACCUUGAACAUACAGUCUCAGGUUCAGAGGGUGUAGCAGUGGAGGUACAUGAGGCCUUGUAUAUUGCCAUGGAGAGGCUGCAGCAGCGCUUCACCUCUCUGAUGCAGGAGAAGGCUGACCUGAAGGAGAGGGUAGAAGAGCUGGAACACCGCUGUAUACAGCUGUCUGGAGAGACUGAUACUAUUGGAGAGUACAUCACCCUUUACCAGAACCAGAGAGCCAUCAUGAAGCAGAAACACAUGGAGAAGGAGCAGUACAUCAGUAUGUUGGCCCAGGACAAAGAGGAGAUGAAGGCCAAACUGGCAGAGCUGCAGGACCUGGUGAUGAGGUUGGUAGGCGAGAGGAACGAGUGGUACAGCCGCUAUACUGGGGCGCUGGCUAGCGCUGCGGCUAACCCUGACCUGCUGCCAGCCGGAGAGGAGCAGGUCCAGGCUCACCACGCACACAGACGCAUGGAGCUCAACGCUGUGGAUGGACAAGAGUCUGCGGAUGUAAGUUCAGCCGUGAAGCCCGACUCCACCGACCCCCCUCACGGUGGCCCGUCAGACCAGGGCCAGGGGCUCCCCCCAGACUCCCAGGCUCUGAUGAGGCCCCAAGAGGACGGCACGACCAGGCAGAUCAUGCAGCUGCUCCAGGAGAUCCAAAACCCCCAGGGGCCCCGCUCCGUGCCCUUCCUGGGGGACAACCCCUGCGUCCCGUUCUUUUACCGGCCCGACGAGCAGGACGAAGUCAAGAUCCUGGUGGUCUGAUGAUGAUGAUGAGACUAUGGAGCUAACUGGCAAUGUUGGAGGAUCUGUGAACACGCACACCAUUCCACCACGUCACACUCCACUUAGGUCAUCUAGGAUGUACACGUACACACAGUUCUGGGUAUACUGUCUCUCACACACAUGCACACUCACUUUCUCUACUUUCUGGGAGAGGUUGUUUCCUCCUUCUUUCUCACUCUUCCUUUUGAGUCCUUGGCUGGUCUUGCAUGCCGUUUUCUUUUUUCAUUGCACUAACAGAGUGACUUAAGGAUGUGAACUCCUUGUGUAAGUGUGUGUGGUGGCCUUCCUCUCCUCGUCCACCUCUUCCUCCUCCUUCACAACCUCCUUACUUGCAGUGUGAAUGUUUGUCCGCUUUUUCUGUCUCUUUUAAUUGGUAUUUAAUACCGUUAGAUGAUUGGGAAGUAUUCCACCGGAUGCUAUUGAGAUUCUUCCUGUGAUUCUCUUGAUGGAGAGAUGUUUAUUCCUGCACAUUGAUCCCUCCUCUGUUCACUAUCUUCUGUCUCUCUCCCCUUCUCUGCCAUUUGAACCAUAGGCGCAAUAAAGUAUCUCUGUCCCUCAGUCAUUGUCUAUUACAGGAGAAAUGUAAGGCUUUGAGUGAGACGUUAGCGGCAACAAUGGAAUACAUGGAACGGUAUCAAACACACAAAACGCAUGGAAACCACAUGUUUGACUCCAUUCCAUUGAUUCAAUUUCAGCUCUUACAAUGAGCCCGUCCUCCUAUAGCUCCUCCCACCAUCCUCCACUGGUACCUUUAUGUUAAGGCACUAACUGGAUCCCCAUUCACAAUGUGUCUGACUCUGGAGGAGAACUGGGCUAGUCUGUGUUUGGUAGGAGAGACAGACAUGGCUUGGUUUUGUGUCUGACUCUGGAGCAGAACUGGGCUAGUCUGUGUUUGGUAGG